AUGACGACGUUCGGGUGUCGACUUGAGUCUUACUGCUCGAAUUUGUCCCGCACGAUGCUCGUGGAUCCAAGCAGAGAGUUGGAAGGAGUCUACGAGAAUGUUCGACUCAUUCAAACGGCUGUCAUUGAGGCGUUGAAACCUGGGAGAAAGCUUUCGGAAGUGUACCAGAUUGGUAUCGAGGCAUGCAAGAGGCAAGACGCUUCUUUGUUGGAUAAACUCUUCUCCAAGGAAUUCGGUUUCUCGACUGGAGUCGAGUUUCGCGAAUCGCGCUAUACAAUCUCGCCAAAGUGUGAUGAAAAGGUUCGUGAAGGAAUGGUCUUUAUCGUUCAAAUCUCAGUCGGCGAUCUGAAGAAUCCUGGUGUGAAAGAUGAACAGGCAAAAGAAACGCAAGAGUUUGAGCAACCUGAGGUCAAGAAAGCGAAAAAUGUUUCUUACAAGAACUAUGAGAAAUUCCCGCAAGAUGAGGAAAUUGACACGUUGAUGAUUCACGUCGAUCACCACCACGAUUCGGUGAUUCUCCCAUUGUACGGAGUGCCUGUACCAUUUCAUAUCUCGAUGAUCAAGAAUUGCUCCACGUGGAUUGAGAACGACACGAUGUACCUUCGAAUCAACUUUGCACAUCCUGGUGGAAAUGUUGGAAAGACCUCGGCUCCGUCAGACAAUUUGUACAAUGCUUUCCUUUUGAUCAACGAGAUGCGGAAGAAAUUCAAAACCAAGGAGGCUGAAGAACGAGAAAAAGAGGGUGCCGUGAAACAAGAUAAACUCAUCAUCGCAGCAAAUCAAGUGAAUCCAAAGUUGAAAGAUUUGUGUGUGCGGCCGAAUAUCAUCGCGAAACGAGACUCCGGAACACUCGAGGCACACACGAACGGUUUUCGAUACACAGCGCUGCGUGGUGACGAGAUCGAUGUGCUUUAUAACAACAUAAGACAUGCAUUCUUCCAGCCCUGUGACAACGAGAUGAUCAUCCUCCUUCACUUUCAUCUUAAAAACCCAGUUCUUUGGGGGAAAAAGAUAUACGGAGACAUUCAAUUCUUCACGGAAGUUGAAGAAAUCACCACCAAUUUAGGGAAAUAUCCUCACAUACAAGAUCGUGAUGCAGUGGCUUCCGAACAAAUGAAACGCGAAAUGCUCAAUCAAACUUUUCAAGCCUUUUGCGACGAAGUGCUGAAGCCGACCUCGUCAUGUCUGGUGAAUCUCACCGAGUCGCCCGUCUUCGUCGUCAGACUGGAUGACGUUGAACGAGUUCACUUUGAGCGUGUUUCCAUCCAACUGAAGAACUUCGAUUUAGUCUUUAUUUUCAAGGAUUAUCACCGAAAAACUCAAAUGAUUCAACAAAUCCCGAAGGCCUCGCUGGACAUUGUAAAGGAGUGGCUGAACUCAUGCGAUCUAAAGUACACUGAAGGCAUACAAUCACUCAAUUGGCCAAAGAUUAUGAAAACGAUCGUUGAUGAUCCUGUGGAGUUUUUUGAAACCGGUGGCUGGAGUUUUCUCGAUCCAUUCUCUGACGACGAAGAUGAAAGCGAUGAGAGUGAUUUCCUUUCAUGGGAUGAGGAAAGCUAUUUUGACGAUUCUGAUUCCGAUCCCGAUUCUGACGAGAACGAGUCAGAAGAAGAGACAACCGAAAGUGAGGAAAAUGAUCCGUCGCUGGAUUCGGAUGAAAGCCAGGCCAAGGCCGCUGAAGACGAGUGGGAUAUCUUGAAGGACAAGACAAAAUGGAAGAAAUUCGCCACCGUUGACAAGGCCAAGAUGAGGAGAAGAGAAGGAGAAGGCCGACUA